AUGCUGCACAGAAUUGCUACCAUUUUACUAUUAUUGUUGGGUGUAGCAAAUGGGCAAUUGGGAAUGUAUGGAUAUCCUGGAAUCGCCGGACAAUAUGGAUUAGGUGGAAUAGGAGGAAUGUACGGCGGUGCGUAUCCGGGUCUUUAUAACGGAUUGGGAACACUUGGAGUUGGUGGCCUUGGUGGUUUAGGCUAUGGUGGGAUUGGAGGAUUAAAUACAAUGUACCCUUAUGGCUCAGGGUACUCAAAUUACUGGUGCAACACUUAUGGUUACGGAAAGAAAAAGAAGCGCUGA